CUCAGUCUUUGUUUGCUUUCCUCUGCAUACUUAGUUGCUGAUUUGUUGAGGAACAUUACUUUUCAUUUUGAAGUCUGUGUUGGAGAUGAGGUUAGGCAGAGGUUGGCUCUGGAAGACAUAAAACAGAGAGAAAACGAAGCAAGGCCAAUGCUCGACGGACCCUUGCUAGGAUUCUUCAAGUACCACAUCGGAGAGAUGGGAGUUAUUCAAAGACCCAUAAAGAGGAAAUGGUAACAGAGAGAAACAGAGGGAAGAGGAUCGGUGCCUUCUGAGAAGUGAACUAGCUUUCAAGGGAAUGAGCAAUGUGUGAACUUGUUAACCAGGCCUAUUCUCUUUGACCUUAAUUUAAACUGAGGAUUAGCCAUCUCAUCAGAGUUCUUGGUGAAAAGCCAAUGCUUGUUUUGCCUCGAGCAAACUCAAAAGAAGGAUUGGGAAGAAAAUCAGCUGCUCAUUCCCUCAGAGAAAGCUUUAGCAUAUUUCCUUUUGGCAAGGAACUUGAAGCGAUUAAAAAGCUAAUUUAUUUGGACUGACUUCAAGAAAAGAAAAACACACCGCAUUUACAUUUAUUGCCGUAAUGGAUUUGGAUCAGUUCUAUAGCUCAACCCAGGAGCAUGCUGUUUAUCUACCUGGAUUCAGCUCAUCAAAGGCUCCAAGAAGUUAUUGAUAAUCUCCGUCUUCUCAGGCAAUGGUGCUUCGUAAGAGAGUUAAGCUGAGCAAGCUAGAACAUCAUUUGGGCCUCUCACAAGAUAACCCAGCUGAAGGGAGAUGGAGCAGUAAUAUAAUGUGUGGGACAGAAAGGUCUAAUGCCACGCCAGAGGGUGGUACAGGGGAGGUUUCUCUGCUUGGAAGAUCCGGUACGUGUUCCGGUUCAGGCAUUCUACCCUGGUGGCCUUGUCGACAGUGUGUUUCCAUGGCAGCCGGGCUGUUAUUAGCUGGGCUGCUGGCACUGACUCAGGCCUGGUGCGUCAACGCCAUACAUGAGAAUCUGCUGUGGUUCUCUCAGCUCACGGAAGUGGAGCGGGAGAUCUCCUUUCGGACAGAGUGUGGACUGUACUACUCCUACUUCAAGCAAAUGUUACAGGCCCCAUCCAUACAGGAAGGGCUCUCAGAUUUGAUCCAUGACAACUUGACAGAAUCCAAGAGGACCAUUAAUCUCCUACAACGAAUGAAUAUCUACCAAGAGGUCUUUCUCAGUGUUCUCUACAGAUUGUUACCCAUACAGUCAUAUCUGGAGCCAGUGUAUUUCUACAUUUACACAGUGUUCUCGCUCCAAGCGGUGUAUGUGAUUGCUCUGUACCUCACAGCAUGGCUUCUGUCUGGUUCCUGGCUGGCUGGUGUUCUCACUGGAAUCUGGUACAUCCUCAACAGGGUAGAUACCACUCGUGUGGAGUUCACCAUCUCCCUCAGAGAGAACUGGUCGUUGCCCUUCCUGGCGCUGCAGGUUACGGCUAUCACCUGUUACCUCAGGCCACAGCUCACUGUCUUACAGCAGAAGGUGAUGGUGUGGUUGAUGUACGUGACGACGUUCUGUUUCUGUCUGACAUGGCAGUUCAACCAGUUCAUCCUACUUGUUCAGGCUCUUAUCAUAUACACCCUGGACUGUGUCGACUUCCUAACAACUACACAGGUGACUACCUUGUACCUUGUUCAAGUAAGCGGUCUGCUGAGUGUGUGGCUCCUCCAGUUCUGUAACUCCAUGAUACUGGGAUCACUCGUCCUGAGCUUCAUCGUAGCCGCACUCUUCAUCAGACACUGCCAGUCUGGUUUGAAGACAGGAAACCUGCUGGUUCGUCUGGGCAAACUGCUUCUCCACAGCGCCAUGGUUCUCCUCCUCACCUUCACCAUCAACUACCUGGCCAAGAAAGCACUUCAGCUCAGAUCAGACGAACACAUCUUUAAAUUCAUCAAGUCAAAGUUUGCCCUGGGGCCGACGAGGGAUUUUGAUGCCAGUCUGUAUCUGUGUGAGGAGGCCUUUGGCCUGCUGCCCCUAGACACACUGGAGCGCCUGGCUGGUACCCUGCUGCUAUACCCCUACAUCCUCACACUGCCACUGCUCAGUGGCACGUUGGCAGUGGCCGCACUGCAGAACGUGAGACCUAAAGGAAGUUCAGCUGAGGAGAGGAAAGGAGCUGGAGAGGUGCGAGUGGUGGCUUUUCGCCCAGACGUGGCCUAUAAUCUGUUGCAUACACUGUUCUUUGGCCUCCUUGCUUUCAGCACUAUGAGGAUGAAGUAUAUAUGGACUGGCCAUAUGUGUGCGGUCGCAGCCUAUGGUGUGUGUGGGACGGAGUUGUGGACUCUGCUUCUCAACGCGCUCCGCUGCAACACUAAAGUUCUGUUAAGGCUUGUCAGAUAUGCAGUUCCACUGGUGAUGAUUGGUUGCCUGUAUUACAAGUUCUGGCCUAAACUAAUGGAGGAGUUAUCAGAACUGAGGGAGUUUUAUGAUCCAGACACUGUGGAGCUCAUGACCUGGAUUAGCACAAAGACCCCUAAGCAGACUGUAUUUGCAGGCAGCAUGCAGCUGCUGGCGGGCAUCAAGCUGUGCACAGGCAGAGUUCUCACCAACCACCCCCAUUAUGAAGAUAAAGACCUGCGGGAAAGGACCAGACAGGUGUAUCAGGUGUAUGCUCGCCGCUCCCCGGAGGAAGUCUACGACAUCCUGAGGGCCGCCGGGGCCGACUACGUGGUGCUGGAAAACAGCAUCUGUUACGAGCGGAGGCACAGGCGAGGCUGCAGACUGCGGGACCUGCUCGACCUGGCCAACGGACAUAUCAUGGACGGGCCGGGAGAGAAUGACCCAGACCUCGUCCCCGCCUCCCACCCUCGAUUCUGCGAGGCCAUCAAGACGGACACGGCGGCUUACACCUCUCUGUUCACCAGAACAUUCCAGAACAAAACCUUCCACGUGUACCGGGUCAAGAAAAAACGCAAGAAAAGCGCCAAGAGCUCGUCAGAGCCCGGCGCGACUCAGUAGCGGGAGCAGAAACCCCGUCAGAGGCCAGAGGGGAGAGAGAUGGAGGAGAGGAAGAGAUAAAAGCACUGAAUCCUCACUGUUCCUCUGUCUCCUCUCUGCACCGUGCCCGGCUGUGAUCAUGCCCAUUAUUUUUUUAACACCUAGCUCUGUGAACUGUGGUGUUAGAGCAGUGGGCCAGUUCAAGCUUGGGGCUGCAUUGUUUUAGUUAGUGGAGUGUGGAAGCACCUAUAGGAGUCCUGCUUUGGGCUGUUCUGUCUCCACCCGCCGCUCUUCCAGCCCUCACUGGUGCAGAUGAACAGACACAGAAACAACUAUUAGACCUCUAAGCAGCGUCUGGAACACCACAAGCGGCUACUAAUAAUUUAGUUUCAUUUGAAGUAGUCAGUGUUCUUUCUUCACAGCGUCAUGAAAAAAACAAAAUUAAUUAAUACUUCUCUUUCAUACAGAGCAGGCUUGGGAUUCAAUAGCAUUUAUCUAAGUUACUCUAGUCAGGAUCCUUUAAAAUACAGUAUAUUACACAUUAGCACAGAGUUCUUCUUUGCCAAUGAAAAUAAGGAGAGACAAUAGAUGAAUUUUAAAAGUUAAGCAGUGAUCUCUAAUACCCCAAAAUUAGAAAAUAUAACUCUGGUAGACCUCAAGAAAUGAUGUAGAUCCAUUUGGAAAUGACCUAAAUCUUGAUUAUUUUAUAUGAGCAGCAACUAUUUCUUACUUUGACUAAACGGUUCCAACUCAAGGUGCCCUUAUUUAUACUGCAUCAGUGGAAGACCUCAGUUGUAAUGGUUUCCUGUCUCUACCAGAGAGUGGCACAGCAAAUGAACCUUAUACAAUAGUUGGUUCUGAGCUUGCUGCUUUAGUGACUGCUGGAAGGGCUAGAUGGUGAACUACUGUAUAUGUAGCUAACACGUGAGCUAGCCGAGAAAAGCAAGCCACUCGUCUCCCAUUCUCCCAGCCUCUAGCUUGGUUUCCAACGGGACAGCCUCACACAGGAAACAGGAGUCAACACUAAAAAUACAUUUCUCUUUUGUGGAGCAGCUCCUUUGUCUGAGUAGACAAAGGAAGUGAAAUAAAAGUAGUCACACAACUAAUAAGCUAUGAUAGUUUCCUCCAUCCUGGACUCCGCUCCCCCAAAGGUCAGCACUGUCGAGAUUGCUUGCUGUUGGUCGAAGCCAGUAUUGUGGAAGUUCACCUCAAGUUGGAAAAUUCCCACAGAUUAACCUCUUGGAUCAUGACUGUUCCAUUUUUGUACAGCUUUCAAACCUAUUGCACGACAACAUCACCGAUGAAGACCGUGUGUUGUGCUUGAAAGCUUCUUGCUUAUUCCAUACUAGUAUUUUCCUGAUUUGGGUCUUUUUAAAAAGCACAUUUCUGUGUACCUGAGCUAUAUGUUCAGCUGCUGGGCUUUACGGGGGCCGUGGUCAGCUGUGGUGUCUGGGGGGGGGGGGGGACCAAAAGCCACACUGAAUAAGUUUGACUGUUCGCUUCACUCGGAUCAGUUGGCACUUUUUGUCUCGGCACAUUUGGCUCCACGGUGAUAGAUGUUAUCAAUUACCCCCGAAAAGAAAAAGAGAAAUAAUGUUGUUAGUUUCGAUUCCUGCCCGGGUGUUUUUGCUGUAAAACUGAGGUCAAAGCUGGUACCAAGUGAUAUUUGUGACACUGUUGUUGUUGUGAUUGCUGUUACCUCUGUGAUUGUCAUCAUCAGCAGCCUCAACCUUUUCUCUCUCUCUCUCUCUCUCUCUCUCUCUCUCUCUCUCUCUCUCUCACACACACACACACAGCCACAAACACACAUGAAUAAUGUAAGUGGCGAGGAAAUUGCAGCAGGCUGACAACGAUACUGAUUCCCUGCCGCAAUCCAAAAUAGUUUGUGUGAGAGAGAGGGAGAGAGAGAGAGAGAGAGAGAGAGGGGGCCAACACUUGCAUAUCAAACCGAGGCUUUGUGGUUAGAAAAGAAAGUGGGGAGGACAGAAAGGCUCAUGUUUAAACAGUAGCAGAGGAGAGAUGAGAGCGCAUCAAAACACGGAUUCACAAUGAUCUAAACCCCUUCCUCAUUUUCUUUUUUCUGCUUUCGAACCAAAGGGAGAGAGCGGAGGAGGGUGAGGAGGAGGGGAGGUGAUUGAAAGGCUGGAGCUGCGUCUGUAAUUAUGGGUUGGGCAGCCAGAGCUUCCUGCUACAGUGAGCCGUUCCGUGUGCAUAUGACACACACGUACACACACACAUUUCCCCCCUCAUCUCAGCCUGCCUAUAUCUGUACACAUGUUAAUAAGGACCUGUGUCUUUGAUAAUCAACACACUCGCAGACGCACACGGUUGUUGUGGGCCUUUGGAAAACAUGUUGUUUGUUAACCGCGCAGUCUCAUUGUAAUGCGUACCCCCCCCCCCACCUUCAUGUUGGAUGUUUAAUUUAGGAGAUGUCUGAUUGCUUUAUUUGAGAGCCAAGUGAUUCCAUUAUGUUUGCCUAAUAAGAGUGUACUAAUGUAAUAUUUUUUUCAGCAUCCUUAAUUUCCAUACAUAGUGGGAUUAGUAGUUCAUUCCGAGGCGCACUGUCUGCCUAUGGUUUACUUAAUGAAAGGGAGAGGAGAUGAAGAAGGCCAUUAACUUGUGCGCACAUGUAGAAUUCAGCUCAACACUCCAUUCAGGCUUGUUUUUAAAGAAAAAGAGUCGAUGUUGCUGAAAUAGAAUUGAAGAGAGGGAUUUUCUUUGCCAUAAAUCAGACCAAAGGCCAAAUCCAGUCAAAUCUGCAUCUGUAUUCUCCCUUCUACAGAAAUCUGUAACUGUUGUUUUCAGUCUUUGUAUAUUGCUUCAUACACUAUAUGGCCAAAAAUAUAUCAACACCCUCUCAAUACACUCAUAUCAUUCAAACCAUAUUUGCUCAUUUGCUGUGGAGCUCUAGACGUCGUUCUGUGAUUCUGAGCACUUCUAUGACUCCAUGUUGGCUCCGUAAUGUUUUGACUUAAAUUUUUUUUGUCCUCCUCCUGUAAUAGGAUUUUAGUUUUGAAUAUUUCUUUAUUUGCAUCUUGUACCAUAGUUUUAACAACGUAUUUAAUGCUCCUGUAAACAGUUGUUGCAUUUUUUCUGCUGGAGUAAACAAAGCUGAAUGGUUUGAAAGCAGUUGCCUUGUUGUUAGUUUAAAAAGAAAAGUUUUAAUUUAUCCAAUAAGGUCUUGGGACAGAAUGGACCUGCCAUGCUGAAUUGCACCCUGAAGUUGAACUCCACUCUUAUCUGGAGGUUUUUGGAACCUGGCUGCAGGGAUUUGAUCCAGUUCAGCCAUAGGAGCAGUAGUGAGGUCGGAUAGUGAUACUAGGUGAUGAGAAUCUGAAAACUAAUAAUGAGGGGAAAGUGGGAGAGUAUCCUGGGUAAUGCUUGACAGGCAGAUCCAAACUAAUUCUAAAUGUCUCAUUUGCCAAAGUUUGGGUCAAGUUAUCAUUCAGUGUAAAGUCUCCCUCCUGUUUGUCUUCUUCCUGCAGUUGGAUAUUUGCUCUUCAUCUGCUGAAAGUGGAGUCACUCACUGAAAACCUGAUUUGAAGGGGUGGGGCCUAUGAGCAUGAUUUGUGACGUCACAAAUAGUUUGGUAAUAUGUAAUAUUAUGUGGUAAUAGUACUUGUACAGUGUGAUGUAGAAACUGGAAGUCACCAGUGCACAUCCACUGAGAAUGGCCUUCACAGUGAAGUAGGAGACGUCUUGUGUCCAGCAGGAAAACUUUAGAAAUGAAUAUUUGCAUAUUCUGAGAUUCUGGAAGUUUCAAUGAGGUAGGAGGCGGAGAUGGAUUUUAAAGGAUUUUAAUGUGAAAAUGUUUCUUUUUUUGCAGAAAAAAAUGAGGUCAAAUCAGUGUUCAGGGGCAUGUUGGCGCUGAAGCUUGAGAUUGUUGAUUUCACUGUAAGACAUUUUGUAUUAAUGAUGAACUGCAGUUCUGAUGCAUGUGCCAGUCUUAGACAAACCAUUUGGAACCAUGUGGAAGCAUCUGAACAGAUGAUCCAACUGGACCAGUGCCAUAUAAAUACAUUGAAACUAUUUAUGAAUGUGAAAUUUCCAUGUGGAGUAUAAGGGUCUAAGUAGAAUGUGAUGAGGAAACACUAUAUACUGUGCACACAUUGGUACUUCAGAGGUGGCUUUUAUAUAAAGGAAGUUCUUGGUACAUUUUGAUUGGCCAACAUGUUGGUGACUCUUGAGUGCACAGUGAGUUAAAUGCAGGGAACUGAUGCACCUUAAAGGCUACGUAAUUGCUGUGACCCCGAACAUCGUCAUCGUCACAAGUACUAAUUCAUUUAGUUUCACUUGACCAACAAGGACAGCUGUCAGAGAAAGCCAUCUACUUGUGUUUAUUUGAAAGAGGAAUAUUGCGUUAUGUGUGAGUGCCUUUCGUAAUUUUCUCCAUUUUGUUCUUUUUUCCAAGAAUCAACUAACAUGUGUGGCUGGGUUUUCUACUGGAGGACGUUUUUCAUAUCAGAAAUCAUUCAAACUAGUAAAUGUUUAUUCUGUAAUAAUAGUUCUCAUGGUACAUUAUUGGUGGAAGGGAAAUGUCAGAGACUGAGUGGAGCCUGAAAUAUUUUCCAGUGUUCGAUAUGACACAUCAUGUUCAAUGGCAGUAUGAUCAAUAAAAGUUUUGUUGCAAAACAAUGUAAA